CACAACAACAACAGUCACAAAAUGCAUUUGACAACGACGAGCAGUAAUUCGACGGCAUCGAAUGCCAAUUCCAACAACAACAACACCAACAACAAUAACAACAACAACACAGCCAACAACAACACGACCAGCAGCAACAACAACAACAAUAACAACACCAGCAACACAAAUGGCUCCAACAACAACAACAGCUCGAGCAGCAACAACAACACAGAACAGAACACGCCCCCAACACCCGCCCAGCUGCUGAACGAGGCCUACACGAAAAUGACCUCGGACAUCUUGGCUGAGCGCACCUUGGGCGACUUCCUAACCGAACAUCCCGGCGAGCUGAUCAGAACAAGCAGUCCUCUCUUCGUCUGCACCGUCCUGCCGCCGCACUGGCGCUCCAACAAGACGCUGCCGGUGGCCUUCAAGGUGGUCUCGCUGGGCGACAUCAUGGACGGCACCAUGGUCACGGUGCGCGCCGGCAACGAUGAGAACUAUUGCGCCGAGCUGCGCAACUGCACCGCCGUCAUGAAGAACCAAGUGGCCAAGUUCAAUGAUCUGCGAUUUGUCGGACGCAGCGGCAGAGGCAAGAGCUUCACACUAACCAUCACCGUGUCAACGAAUCCACCCCAUAUAGCCACCUACAACAAGGCGAUCAAAGUGACUGUCGACGGGCCCCGCGAGCCGCGCUCCAAAACCAUGUUAUCCCUUUUAGGGCAACAACAACAAUUUCACUUUGCAUUUGGCCAGCGACCGUUCCACUUCUCCACGGAUCCACUAUCCGGAUUCCGCAUGCCGCCAAUUGGCAACUGCCAGAGUGCCAGCAAUACGCAUUGGGGCUAUGGAUCGGCGGCGUCUGCCUACUCACCGUACUUAGCCAGCAGUGGACUCUCCUCCUGCACCACGCCCACUUCAGCACAGUUCAACAAUCCGGCCUUGGGCUUCACCUGUUCAUCGAACGAUCAAAGCAACAACCAGGAUUUCAGUGGCGCCACCAAUCGUGACUGCGUGCCAAUGCUGCCGGACUCGACAGCCAGCGACUUGGAUCAGCAUCUCAGUAGUCUGGUCGGUUCGACCAGCGGCCAGAUGUCGCAUCAUAGCCUGCUGGGCGCCAGUGGACAGACUUCCAUAACAUCGACGGUGAAUGGUGCGAGCGCUGGCAGCGGUGCCACCGCUGGCAGUGCAACGGGCGCUGGCGGGGGCGGGGGUGGUGCCAAUUCGAUUCUGGUACCGCGUUACCAUACUAAUGCCAGCAAUGAGUACAAUGUGCAUUCCAGCCAGAAUGGGCCGCGCAGCCUGAGCGAUAGCUCGCAGGCCGAAUCACCGGUGCAGGAGGACUUGCUGUCCACUAAUACGCCCAAUCUGGGCAGCGGCAGUGGCGCCGGUGCGAGCAAUGGUGGUGCCACCAAUGGUGCUGCCAGUGCAGCUGGCGCUGGCAGCGGAGGCGCAGCGGGCGCCUCAGCUGGCGCCGUCAAUCCUGCCAUGCUGGGCGCCAAUCAAAACUUUCCGGGCAUUGUGAACCAGGCACAGCAUGCGUCUGCCUCGGCCUAUGGCGGCGGCGUGGGUGUGGGCGUGGGUGGUGGUCAUGGCAGUGGCGCUGGGGCCACCGCCGCCGGCUGCAAUGGAUCGCUGUAUCCGGUGCUGCCGGCCAGCCUGCUCUACUCGCAGCUGUACACCGCCGCCAAUCAAUCGGCGCACGGCUUUCACUCGCACACGCUGCCAGCGCACGCUUCGCCCAACUCGUCCGUGCACGGCGAGCUGCAGAGCGUCAUGGAUCACAUCAGCAAUGUGGGCGUACGGCAGCAGCAUAAUAUCAUGGCAGGCGGAGGCGUGGCGCAUCCAGGUGAUCUCACGCUGAUCGGCAACUGUGGCGCGUCGGUGAGGAACAUCGAGGAUGGGAACACAAAUCGUCAGGUGGCCGCGCUCGCUGCCCAUCGCGGCCACCACAACCCAACUGACAACGGGGGCAGCGUCUGGAGGCCAUAUUGA